UGUAGAGAAUCGACAGAAAGCGGUUACUGACUGAGACGCUUUAGUAGACACACAGUGUACAGAAAAAGUCUAUUCAGACUCAAGAGUUUUUACACACGGUGUGUCCACGGUUUAUAGCAUAAUCAAGAAGCAUGUCCAAGACAUCUGUGUUUCUCGCGGAGUGCGGUGAAGUUAAGAGAGAAACUAUGGAUAGGCUGGAGAUGAUCAGCCUUACCUCACACGUAAUGUCCAUCAAAGACGUGGCAACUUACAAAAAAUCUUUUGAGACAAUAACAGGAGAUUCAGGGCAAGUUAGCUCAGAUAAUCAAGGUGGCAUAAAGGCUAGUCCUACAGGCAGUGUGGAGAACAGCCCAACAGAAAAACCUUCAAAAGGGAAGAAGGGGAAAGAAGUCUGUGGUGUCUUCCGGAGGGUAUGGAAGGCUGUAAAGCGCCCUUUCAAUUGCUGCAACCCAAACAGAGUGGUGUGUCUUACGCCACACCUGGACCUAGACGGUUCAGAGCUAAUGCCCACCCCAAGUCCCCCAAGAAUCACACCAGUGGCAGACACAGAUCCUGCCGACCCUGAGCUGGUGUGUCUGCCAGGCCAGGUCUGUGAAGAUCUUGAGUUGUCGUGUGUGCCAGGUCCCUCCAGGACUGAGCAAACAGUGGACGAAGAUCUGGCCGAUCCUGAGUCGGCUGUGGCAGAUCUGUCUAGUUCUGACCUGGGUGACGAAAAAACUAAAAAGCGGAGUAAAAAGAAUGUAGUCCAUGCAUUCUUCCGGAGAUGCCGUAAGGCUGUAAAGCACCUCUUCCUCUGCCACGAGGCCAACUCUGUCCAAGUUCCAUCUGAGAUGAAGUCAGUAGAUGACCCCAUCCCUGUUGAGCCUGAGCCAUACUGUCUGAUCAGUUCUGACCAGGUCAGCGCAUCUCUUCAGUCCUUCACGUCUGUGCAAGAAACCGACGCCGAUCAAGCCAUAUUGAUGCAUGUGUCAGAUUCAUCAGAUUCAGAGAUCAGUCUGUAUUGUGGAUCUAGAGUGUCUCUCUUUCUGGUGGGAGAUAUGAUAGGAUACGGAAGUUUUGGCAAGGUGUAUGAGGGAACCCACAUAUUUGAUGAUAGAAUUAAGGUUGCCAUGAAGUACAUCCACAAGCACAAAACUGACCGCUAUCUUGACAUUGCUGGUCAUUCCAAACCUGUAAUUGCAGAAGUGGCAAUGUUGCUUAAGUUGGGAGAACCUCCAUUAUGUCCCAACAUCAUCAAAUUAUACCACUGGAUUGAGAAUAAGAAGAGCUUCGUGCUCAUUAUGGAGUACCCGCAUCCAUGCAUUACCUUGCAUCAGUACACAUAUUCAGACGACAUGAAUGAAGGAAAAGCACGCUGGUUUAUCCGUCAGUUAGUCCAAGCUGUGAAACACCUCGUUAACCAUGGAGUCUUCCAUGGUGACAUCCACACGGGGAACAUGCUGGUGACUGACUACAGUUUGGAGCUCAAACUAAUUGACUUUGGUUGUGCUCAUCCAAUCAGCAGUGAGGGCCUUCUCAGCAGUCUAUAUCGAGGAGCACCACUCUUCACCCCACCUGAGGUCAUAAGGCAUACCAAAUUCGACGCUGAGCCAGCAUAUGUCUGGGCAAUAGGUGUUGUGCUGUUUGAAAUCUUGCACGGGUAUUUGCCAUUUGGAAGCAAAGACGAAAUACUGCGUGACUAUGUUAAAGCGAAACCGACUUUAUCCUCAGCAUGCCAUGACCUGAUUUUCCAGUGUUUGAACCGCAAUCCAGCAAACAGGCUAAUGCUACAGCAUCUAGAAGAGCACAGGUGGUUCAAGAACUAGAUUGCAAGAAGACCGCGGAUCCCAUGACUAAAAUAGAUUAGAAAAGAAAAACCUGCAAAAGGGAGGAGUGGGAAAGAAGUCUGUGCUCUUUGUCAGAAAGUAUGGAAGGCUGUAAAGCUGUGAUGGUGAUGGGAGGUCUUACACCACAGCCGGAUCUAGACGGUUGAGAGCAAAUGCCCGCCCCAAGUCCUUUCAGAAUCACACCUGUGGCUGACACACGUCCUGCCGACCCUGAGCUGAAAAGGGAGGAAGCCAAUGCGUUCUUCCAGAGAUUCCUUAAGGCCGUAAAGCAACUCUUCCUUUGCUGCAACUCGAACAGAUUCUGAGACAAUACCUGUCCAAGUCCCCUCUGAGAUGAAGUCAGCAGAAGACACAUGCCUGUUGAUCCUCAGCCAGGCUGUCUGACCAGAUCUGUGUAGGUCUUCAGUCCCCGUCUGUGCAAGCGGCUGACGCAGAUCCAGCCACACCGGAGUUGUUGCCUGUGUCAAAUUCAUCAGAGUCAUCUGAUUUGGAUUAAUAUACUUUAAAGGAAUACAUUUUUGAAAUUAUUUCUAUUGAUUUCAUAUAUCAAAUUAUUCUUUUAUUAUUAUUUCCUUUCACAGUUGCUUCUAUUCUCUGAAAUAUAGUUAAUGUGCACUGCCAAAUG